AUGGAGGGCCAGUGGAAUCUCAAAGGGAUUUUUAGGAACCGCAACGUGGUUCUCGUCAUUGCAUUUUGUUUUGUGGACGGCGCCUGCUUUAGUGUUUGGAUGGCGCAACUUUUCCCUGUCUUUGUAAACCGAAUUGGAGGAGAUGAGGCUGUCGGUUGGUCUGCUGCUGCGUCUGGUAUGGCACAAAUUGUGGGUGCUGCUUUUGCAGGGUACGUGGGGGAUAAAAUUCCGCGCAAAGAAUGCAUUCGGGUUGCGGCUUUUUGUGGUGUUAUGGCCGUUGCGGCAACGUUGGUGGCGAUUAACCUCCUGGUGAUGCCGGCGAUUUACAUUACGCAGGCCGUAUGGGGUGUGUAUUUGGGUGUGGCCUCUACGAGCAUAGAAGCCCUCUUUGCCGACAGUGUCCUCUCUGGGCAUCGUGCGUUUAUUUACAACUUUAAAUGGAUUGUACAGACGGUGUGUUACUGCGUCGGUUACGUGGUGGCGCUGGUGAUGCUGCUGCAAAUGGGAAAUGAUUGGUCGAUGGAUAGCAUCAAGUUUGUCAUGACGGUUGGGCUGGCGGCGCAUCCUCUGGCGCAUUUUAUUCUUCUCUUUAUGCGGGACGAGGACGCAUUGCAGGACGGCGAGGCCGAUGCAUAUUUUAUUGCAACGGUGAAGGUUGGGGAGGAGCAAAAGCACACAGAGGAGGAAGACCGGAAAACGGGGGCGUUGUCAGAUCUUCCAGAAGCUCCGCUACUCAACGAGGGAUAUGUAGCGGAUGAGGAUUCCAAGGCGGCAACAAUUUCUAUUUGGCGGGGUGGCCCCCACAAUGUGAAGCCUCAGCGUGCAAGGGAAAUAAAGCCACCUUUCGAGCAAAGGGAAACGGAGAAGGAGACGGAAGAAAGCAAUGUAAUUUAUGACGGCUCUCGCCAUGUGGAUGAAGAGGAGACGGGUGCAAGUUGCUUUAAUGGUUUUUGCUCAUCAUUUCAUUGUUCUUUAAGCGCAGUGCCGUACUUGGUGUGUAUGGCGGACUUCUGGAUGGCAGUUGGCUCCGGUAUGACCGUGCAAUAUAUGACUCUCUUUCUCGUGAAUGACUUACACAUGGCACCCACGUGGUUAAUGUCUUCAUACAUCGCCAUCUCGUUUGGUGCCGCACUUUGUUCUACCUUACUUCGUUAUGUGGGCGAUCACUACGUUGGUCGGCUACCCGCCGUCAUUACGGUGCGUCUCAUAGGCACAACACUUCUAUUAUUGCUGGCGUUAUUGGAUGGCCCCAAAACUGGCUUGGGUGUUGUUAUUGCCCUCGUCAUCACUCGCAGUGCACUGAUGAACAGCCCCGUUGGCGUCACCCGCAGCGUCAUCAUGGACUGCGUGCCAAAGUCCAGCCGUGCCAAAUGGUCCGCCUUUGAGAGCUUUACAUCCUUCACAUGGGCAGGGAGCGCUGUGAUUGGCGGAUACAUUGCCGAUACCAAAGGCUACCAGUUUACGUUUUUCACCACAUCCAUGCUCCACUAUGUUGGUAUAUGUGUACUCGUCCCGGCUGCCAUCGUGUCCCAAAACAUGGAGCGUCACCUCCGUCAAUUGAAGCGAGCAGAGCGUAAUGCUGACUGA